AUACACGUUAGAAGUCCUCGGAUUUGACAUGAAAUCGGGAGGAACACUUACAGGAUUACCAUACAUAGCUAGACUCGGUGCUGGAGUAUUGUUUGCUGCAGCCGGAGAUUACGUACGAAGGAAGAAGGUUUUAUCUUUAGGAUGGAUUCGAAAAAUAUUUAUGAUUUUCUCGCAUAUGGGCCCAGCGAUUGCUUUAAUUAUAAUGACAUAUGCUGGUUGCGACGCAAUAACCGCAAUUGUCAUGCUGAACGUGGCAUUAUCGUUCAAUGGGGCUGCGUGUCAGACUAAUUUGCAGAAUCAUCAAGAUUUGGCUCCGAACUUUGCUGGUUCCUUGUACGGAAUUAUGAACACGUUUGGCAGCUUCCCUGGAUUUAUUAUUCCACCAAUUAUUGGAGCGCUGACAAACGAAAGGAACGGAGUAGAAGAAUGGCGCGUGAUGUUCUGGAUCUCGGCUGGAGUAUUUACAUCUGCGACGAUAUUGUUCUGGAUAUUUGGUUCAGCUGAGAUACAACCAUGGAAUGAUGUGAAAGAGCAUGAAGUGGUCUCACCCUCCGAUGAGGAGAAACAGAUGACUGAGAUACCUAUAAAGGAGGUAGCAACAGAAGACGAAAGCGAAAACGAACGGCUGUAACUUUAACAAUUAUUUAAGAAUCGGAAAAACGUAAUAGGCGUUGGAUAGGAAUUAAAAAUCUAUUACUUAAACGCAGCAGCAUUUUUUGAGGAUCGUCGACAAAUGUUUUCUACUUUGCCACUACAUACAAAACAAACGAGAAUCAGUUUUAUAAAUCGCACAUAUAACUGGUAAGCUAUUUUUGAGUCAAUUAUAUGAUAUUCAUUUUUAUACAUUCGUUAAUCUUGGGGAUUAAUCUCGUACAUUCGUUAAUCCUGAAGAUAGUUUGGGACACGUACAAAAAUCAGUCUUUUAUAGGGUAGAUCCUACAAACGUUAAACAAGUGAAUAGAAAAUGUAAAAAUACUAUAUAAAAUCUAACUAGGA